AUGGCACUUGCUGAAGCAUCCCCUUUGGAAAGUUCUUGGAAAAUCACUGAAGAAUAUCACAUAGAUGAAGAUGUGGGCUUUGCUCUGCCAAAUCCACUGGAAAUGCUACCUGAUAAGUAUGAUGCCUGGAUUUUCAUUGUUAAACAUCUGUCUGAGCUGAUUGAGUCUGGCCAACUUCGAGCAGAAGUUGAGAAGUUACCUAUGCUCAGCAUUGAUGACCUUGAAGGACACAAGUUACAGCGCCUUGCACAUCUUGUUCUGGGGUACAUCACCAUGGCAUACGUGUGGGAUCGAGGUGAUGGAGAUGUCCGUAAGGUCUUGCCAAGCAAUAUUGCUAUUCCUUACUGCAAACUCUCUGAGAAGCUGGGACUGCCUCCCAUUCUGGUUUACGCAGAUUGUGUGUUGGCAAACUGGAAGAAAAAGGAUCCCAAUGGACCGAUGACUUAUGAGAACAUGGAUAUUUUGUUCUCAUUUCCUGGUGGAAGCUGCAGUAAAGGAUUCUUCCUGGUUUCUCUAUUGGUCGAAAUUGCAGCUGCUUCUGCAAUCAAGAUAAUUCCCAUUAUAUUCAAUGCAGUGCAACAGCAGGACCUGGAUCUUUUGCAAGAGGCACUGCAGGAUAUAGCUUCUUGCCUGAACAAAGCUCUUGAAGAGUUUCGCCAAAUUCAUGAGCAUGUGGACCCAAAGCUGUUUUUCAACGUUCUUCGCAUAUAUUUGUCUGGCUGGAAAGGCAACCCCCAGCUGUCAGAGGGUUUGCUGUAUAAGGGGGUCUGGGACACUCCAAAAAAGUUCGCGGGGGGCAGCGCCGCCCAAAGCAGCAUCUUCCAGUGCUUUGAUGUCCUGCUGGGCAUCCAGCAGAGUGCUAGUGGUGUUCCUUUAGAAUCUGCUGCAGAGUUCCUCCAGGAUAUGAGAACAUAUAUGCCACCAGCUCACCAGCACUUUCUACGCUCAUUAGAAUCAGGUCCUUCAGUCCGUGAGUUUGUCCUCUCAAAAGGGGAUCCUGGCCUGCAAGAGGCUUAUGAUGCCUGUGUAAGAGCGUUGGUCUCACUAAGGAGCUACCAUCUGCAAAUAGUCACUAAGUACAUUGUGAUUCCGGCAAGCCAGCAGUCAAGAGAGCCUUCAGGAUUGGAAAACAAAGGAACUGGAGGCACCGAUAUCAUGAAUUUCCUAAAAACUGUAAGAAGCACAACUCAGAAAUCCCUCUUGAAGGAAGGUUAAUGUAACUUAAGCAGGAGUACAUUUUAUCACAGCCAAGAUGUAUUCCUGUCACCACUCAUUAUAUCAGACCCGUGAAUUAAUAAUAUGCAACAAUUUAUCAAUAAUAUACUACAAAAGACCUCAAAAUAAAUUUUUUCUGAUAUCUGUGCAUUUCUUGUAGAAAAACAACAAAAGAUAAUUAUACAUGAAUGUUAAAAAUUAAUAUUGGAAGUAUCAUCAUCUAUAUUUUAUCAUUGGGAUAUAACAAUGAACUACAAUAAA